AUGGCCAAAUAUUGCCACAAAGCAUCCCCUCUAAAAUCUAGAGCGUCCGGAAGGCAUAGCCCGAAGUGGAAAAGGUUGCUAAAGGUGCGACAUCAAGCUCAUCCCCACGUUAGAUGGGUGGUGGGACAGGGGAAGAUUUAUUUCUGGGACGACAUUUGGAUUGGGGAUGUUGCGCUAAGGGAGCUAUGCAUUGACGACCGGGCGCCCCCCUUGACUAUGGUUUCGGAUUUCAUCCGGGAUGGGACAUGGGACGAGGCCAAGUUACACAUGCUCCAGGACCAAGCCGGCCUCUCCUGGAUGGACGAAUUCUCUUUGGCCACGACAUGGGAAACCAUUCGCUCACAAAGGCCAAUCAUCCCGGGGCUUGAUAUUAUUUGGAAAGCCGGACUCACCAAGUCAAUUGCAAUUUUCAAUUGGCGCCUCUUGUCGAAUCGGAUCCCGGUUGACACAAAACUCCAAUGGAGAGGGAUUGAGAUGGCAUCCAAAUGCCAAUGCUGCCCUAUUGGACCGAACGUUGAAUCCUUGCAACACCUUUUUAUUCAAGGCCGUGGGGCAACUAGCAUAUGGAGGGAAUUUGAUGGGUGGUUCAUGGGAUCUUCUCCGCCGAUCAGAAUCAAUGAUACAAUCCCGGAGAGAGUCGACGUGUGGUCACGAAGGACACAACAACAAGAUAAGAAACACUUGUGCCAUGCCUUGCCAUAUCUCAUCAUGUGGUUCAUUUGGGCGGAACGAAAUAGGAGCCGACAUGACCAAGUCCCCUUCAAACCUUACAAUAUGAUAUGGCAAGUGCAAACCUUCAUCCGGAAUGGUAUGGCUAUUGGUACCAUCAAGCCGAAGCAUUGGAGAGGCAUGCUCUUGAAGAUGAAUGUCCCACAAGCCAAGUCGAGUCGCGAAGGCCAAGACCGCUUGCCAUCCAAGUCAAGUGGCACCCCCCGGACCAGCCCUGGAUAA